CAAAAAAUCCGUUUAAACUUAUAAGGUUGUGUUAUUAGAAUGAUAAUAUGAUAAAAUGUUAAAGGAUAUGUAAAAAGAGGCGUUAUAAAGAUCAUGCUCUAAUAGAUAAUAAUAAUAGAUGAAGAUAAUAAUGAUGAUAAUGAUAAUGAUAAUGAUGAUGAUGCCUAUUAUAAAUAAAUAUCAAACUAAGCAGCGUCAAUACAAAGUGUUUACAGCUGUUUCUUUUGGCUUGUCGAGAGUUUAGUUUUUCUUGCUUGUUACAUUGAAAUAAAUAUUUUUGGAUAUUGAUUUCGGAAGUAAAAUAGAUGUGUUGUAUUUUGCCUGUAAGAGUGUAGUGAGGGGGUGACGCUGGGGAGAAAAGUCCCUAUCAUUUCAAAACAAUUCCAGCGAGUAUCUCGCACCGCACCGAACCGAACCGAACCGCAACGGAACGCAACGAAAUGCAACCUAUUUAAGGGGGUUCCCCUGGCCGCGCUUUGAGAGUAACCGGGUGUGAAAAUUCACUCGAAAAACCACCAAGGUUAACGAUAAAAAACGAAAAACAAAGAUCAUCUCUAAAUUUGUUCGUUUCCCCUAGCCUUUGUGGUCCUAUACGUGACGUCACAGCAGCCAUAUUGGUGUUUCAAAACAAUUAAACGGCGGCCAUGUUUGGUUUGUUUUUAUAAAUUAAUUUUGCAUGGUUGCUGGGCUUGUGAGUGAAAGCGCUUUAUAGAUACUGAUUGAGGGCAAAUAAAGGACAUUAAAAAUAAAACGACACCGGCUAGAAGUGAUCAAUCAUGGUCCUGCCCCACCAUCAUUACCGUCGAUAGAAAUUAAUUAAAACUGUAGGCAUGCCAAAAUUUAUAGCAAUGUUUACAGUUCUUGGUGAGGUUAUGUAGCAAUGGGAUGCAAAGAAGUUUUGCUCUUAUUCCUGAUUCAAACUAUCGCCAUUUUCUUGGCCGAAGAAGACGUUGACUCCACAUUUUCUCGCUCAUCAUACUUCACAACGCGGGAAAAUAAGCAGCUUAAAGGAUACGUUGUCAAACGGUUUGAUUCUCCCAGUUUGUUAUCGUGCGGCCAACAAUGUAUGAGAAACGCUUGGUGUACUUCUACAAACUACAAGAUGGCAUCCAAGAAGGACGGCAAAGGAACUUGUGAACUGAACAAGCACGACAUCUCACUCACCAACGAAAACAACACCUUUCUUCAUGAUGAGAUAGGAGUUACGUUGGCGUUGCUGUUGAAGGGAUGUUUGACCACCGGAUGUCUCAAUGGUGGUUCUUGCUUACCCGACAACGAAAAACAAACCUUUACAUGUUCCUGUCACCGACCAUGGACCGGAGCUAAGUGCGAAGAUCUAGCAGACUUGAAUAGUUCAACGUGCAAGGAAAUUUAUGACAAGAACUUGUCUAAACAAAACAGCGCCUACUUACUCAAAAUAGGUUCUGUGAAGACUGCUGUGUUUUGUCACAUGACCAGUCUUGGCGCAUGUGGUGGAGGUGGAUGGACGCUGGUCAUAAAGAUGAAUGGCGCACAGAAAACUUUUCACUACGAUUCUAAACUCUGGAGCAACAAGGAAUCAUUCAACCUUGAAGCAGGGGAGACUGGGUUUGACUUACAAGAGACCAAGUUACCGACCUAUUGGAACACUCCCUUCUCCAGGAUAUGUCUUGGAAUGAAGUUCGACCAUGAGAAUAGGUUCAUUGCUCUCACCAAGGCUGCCAGCUCUCUGUACUCAUUGAUUGCUGACGGGAAAUAUCGUAGCACCUCACUGGGUCGUGAUACGUGGAAGUCGCUGAUUGGUUCACAGGCUUCCUUACAGACCAAUUGUAACAAGGAAGGAUUCAAUGUUGUAAGCGACUCCGGCGAUGAAUAUUGGCCUAAAGCAAGGAUUGGCAUUGUUGGUAACGAAGGAAAUGACUGUUACACUUGUGAUUCAAGAAUCGGAUUCGGUACAGGAGGUUACCCUGACAACGCCACUAGUUGUGGAAACAGCGCUAACGGCUUAUACACGGCAGUAACUGCAAACAUCAAUGCAACGGGAUACAUUUUGGUGCAAUGAGACCAACAACUAGAAUCGGGAACAGAACCUAACGAUUACAACUACGGGAAUGACAGUGAUAAAACUGAUGCUAGUUAACGAUAACAAAGCUGAUAAUGACACUGGAUUAUCUCGAUAGCGCUAAUCUUAACGUCUCACUUUAAUUUAGUUUCCACUGAACAGUACACUUCCUUCAAUGAUGAGAGUUCUAACCCCUUUUCGA